AUGCCGUCUCUGUUCCACGGCGUGUACCAAGCGCUCUACGACUAUGAGGCUCGUACGGAGGACGAAUUGACCUUUUCCGAGAACUCGCUUCUCUACCUUUUGGAAAAGUCGUCGACCGACGAGUGGUUAAAGGCCAAAAAAGCUGGACCUGCGGGCACCAACGAAAUCGGACUGGUUCCCUUGACUUACAUUGAGCCGGCGCCGGCCAAACGACAAGCCUAUGCUCUUUACGACUACGACAAACAGACAGAGGAGGAGCUGACCUUCAAGGAGGGAGACGCACUGACAGUCUACGAUGACAGUGACAGUGAAUGGUUGCUGGUGUGCCGCGGAGGAGACGAGUACGGAUUUGUGCCUGCAAACUACACCGGCGACGCUCCGCCAUCCGCGGCCCCUGCCCCCGUGGCUGCUAUUCCCACGCCUGUUGCCGCCAUUCCCACCCCCGCUGGCCAACCGACGACGCCCAUCACCAAAGACUCACCACUACCUCCUCUUCCAAAGGAUGCCUUCCCCCCGCCCCCACAAGCGUACCGACCGCCUGCCUCGACCACCCAUGCGUCCACCGAGCCCGUCUACGCCAACGGACGGGACGAAGAGUCUCCCCCUCCCAUGCCUGCCCGACCAGGCGGAAGCGGAAAUGGAAGUGGACGGCCCUCUUCGGGAGCAGGCGACAGCCGAAGCCGAGGCUCGUCCGUGUCUCGAUCUCGAAACGCUUCCUCUGCAAAUGACAAGCCUUCCUCGUCUUCUGCCAACUUCUUCACAUGGCCUGUCCAGGAGGUGGACGGACGGAAAAAACGAAAAGCGACUCUGGCGAUUGGCAACGGCAUGAUCAUGUUCUCCCCGGAGCGAUCGUCCGGACAGCCCCAACAAUGGCCAGUCAAGGAUCUCGUUAACUACAACAGCGAGAAGAAACAUGUGUUUCUAGACUUUAAGCACCCCACCGUCUCGUUUGAUCUGCACCUGGGAAGCAAAGAUACCGCUGACGAGGUGAUCUACGCCCUUGGCGAACUCGCAGGAGCCUACAACUCUUCGGGACUCACCGAGGUAAUGAUGGCAGCCAACUCGGCCGGCCAGAAGCUCGGAAAGGUGCUGUACAAGUUUGACGCUCAGGGUCGAGACGAGGUGUCUGUGGAGGAGGGCGAGAAUGUGUUCAUUAUAGAUGACACAAAGAGCCGGGACUGGUGGAUGGUGAAAAACUCGUCUGGAGUCGCUGGUGUCGUCCCCAGUAGCUACAUUGAGAUUGCGCCCAGCGAAAAGACCCUCAAAAAGGUAGUUGACCAGCAGAGGAAGGCCAGCGGCUCGUCGCGUGAUAAAUCACGUGACCGAUCCCGUGACGACCGGUCUCGAGAUCGAGCGGACAAGCGAUCGUCUCGAUCUUCCAGAGACGCUCCCAAGUCCAAGCCUGAUCCUAGAAAGGUGCGAACUUGGACCGAUCGGUCCGGUGCAUUCAAGGUAGACGCCGCUCUGCUUGGAUGUGUGGACGGCAAGAUCCAUCUGCACAAGGUCAACGGUGUCAAAAUUGCCGUGGCCUGCUCCAAAAUGGCCAUUGAGGACUUGGAGUAUGUGGAGGACGUGACGGGCGUUGAUCUGGAGGAGGACAAGCCCCUUUCUCGAGAUCGGGGCGGAUCUUCGCGAGACCGACGACGGUCCACCUCUCGGUCCGACCGGCGAAAGUCGUCAUCGGGAGCUGCGUCUUCUGCAAACGCUCCCAAGCCAACUCCCGAGUCGGACUACGACUGGUUCGGAUUCUUUUUGGAUUGUGGAGUCGACGUGCAUGCCUGUCAGCGAUAUGCCACCUCGUUCACACGAGAUCAGAUGGACGAGUCGAUUCUGCCUGAAGUGACUCCCUCCACUCUGCGAUCUCUGGGUCUUAAGGAAGGUGAUAUUCUGCGAGUCACCAAAAAGCUUGACGAAAAGUACGGUCGAAGCGGCACUGGUACUUCUGCCAGCACUCCUGUGGGCGGCAACCCCUCCGGUGGCCUGUUCUCAGACACCACUGGUGCUCUGAAGAACAACACCAGCAAGACUCUUACCAAGGCAGACGAUACCGAUCCCUGGUCGUCUCUGGAUAAGCAGCAGGCUCCUCCCCAGCAACAGGCGCCCCCAGUUCAGCAGCAGCCCCCCGUUCAGCAGCAGCCUAUCCAGGCUCAGCCCACAGCUCCUAUUCAGCAGCAGCCCAUUCAAGCUCAGCCUACUGCUCCCAUCCAGCCUGUUCGAACCGGCUCCAUCAACGAUCUGAUGAACAUCAAGCCCCUGCAGCCCACCCCGACAUCUUCCAACCUGCAGACACAAGCUACUGGUGGUAUCAUGCAGCCCAUCCAGCAGCAGUACACCCAGCAGCCAAUGUCCCAGUCCACGAGUGCUCUCCCUCAGCAGAGCAUGAACACCGGCAUUCUUCCCCAGACCACUGGGCCACUACAACAGUCUCUUACCGGAUCUGCUCCCGUGCAGAAUCCUUUCCUAACUGGUGGUCCCAACACUCUUCUCAGUCAGCAGACUGGUGGGCUGGUUGGUGUCCCCACCGGCGGUCUUGUUGGUGUCCCCACAGGUGGACUUCAGGGCGUUCCUACCGGUUACACUGCUCAGAAUGUUCUUGGCAUGAACCAGCCUGCAAACACGGGCGGGUACUCCAUGAAUGCCAUCACCAACGCUCUUGCCGGUGCUUCCCUCAACAAGCAGCAGCAGCAGCAGCAGCCCAUGGUCCAGCAACUUACCGGAGGCAGCAUGUUUGGCCAACAGCCCAUGCAGCAGCAGCUGACGGGCUCCAGCAUUUUCCAGCAGCAGCCCAUGCAACAGCAGUUCACCCAGCAACAACCAAUGCAACAGCAGUUCACUCAACAGCAGCCAAUGUCGCAGCAGCUCACUGGUGGCAGCAUUUUCAAUUCUCAGCCGCAGCAGCCUUUUCAGCAGCAGCCUAUGCAACCUCAGCAGACUUCCUUCCAGCAGCAGCAGCCCUUUUCCACUGGAGCUUCUGCUUCGCCGUUUGGAAGCCAGCCUACUACUCCUUUCGGACAGCCCCAGCAGUCUGCCGGUUUGAGCUACUUUAACAACAUCCAGCCUCUGCAGCAGCAGCAGGCGUUUGGUCAACAGAUGCAGCCGCAGCAGACCUUCCAGCCGCAGCAGCCUUUCCAGCAGCCUUUCCAGCAGCCUUUCCAGCAACAGCAGCAACAGCCUUUCCAACAGCAGCAACAACAGCCUUUCCAGCAGCAGCAGCAGCCGUUUGGUGGCCUGCAGUCGCAGCCUACCGGCUUUGGUUUUGGAAACAGCUCGUCACCCUUUGGAGGCAUGCAGUCUCAACAGACCGGAGCACCUUCCACUUCUUUUGGUCAGCAGCCGCUACAGCCCACCGCCACGGGUCGUCAGCGAGCCAACCUGGCCUCUGCCACUCCUAACAAUCCCUUUGGUUUUUGA